UUUCUGAAUGAGCAUGUCUCCAUUUAACUCUUACAGCAUUUUCAUUUAUUUAUGUAUUUAAAAAAAAUAGCAAUGUAUUUAGUGAUGUUAUAGUCAAGUCAUCAGAAAGCCUAAAACCAUAGAUGAGGGAAAAUUCAAGUAUUCACUGUCUCACAUGGCCAGCUUCUUCUGAAAUGCACGUUAUUUGUACUCAAAUACACUGUGAUUUUAUAAAUCGAUUUUAUUAUUUUCUUUGAAUUACUGAAGACAUUUAGUAGUGUCUUCACUAACGUCUUUCUGUUUUAAAAAUAACAGAAAUGUUCAGUUUUGUAAGAGAAACUUUUCCUGCAUUGUCCCAGAGAAUGAAUACAAGUUUGUGCUCAAAAAAUCCUUCUUGUAGAGGAAUUUUUCUCAACAUAAACUUGAAUAAACUCUGUCAAUUCUAAAAAGAAAAGGUACGGGAAAGUAUAACCACUUCAAUACUGAGGCUGAAUCACCAGUGCUGAAAUAAUGCAUGCGGAUGGAGCAGGACAGGCAGAAAGUGAAACUGGUGCGAAACAAAAGUGAAGAUUUAAAAGCCGAAUCCCGAAAUGGGGAAGGUUUUCUUCGUGGAGCCGGUCAUUUUCAUCUACAUGUUUGCUUCCUACUUGACCAGCCCGGUGGUGCAGCAGUUUAUUUACCGGAGGCUGUGGGAAGAGGAGUACAAUUCCACUUUCAUUAGCAGUAGUAAUACUAGUUAUUGCGAGCAAAACAAAAGUAGCACAGCUUAUAUCAAGCAGAAGGGAGUUCAAGAAAAGACUUCUCUAUUUAAUAUGCAGCUGGACUUAACUGGGGCAGUUCCCAGCCUCAUAGUUGCCUUUAUCAUUGUAGCUAACAGCGAUCGCCAGGGACGAAAAAGAUCUUUAGUUUUACCAUCAAUGGGAGCUUUGAUUGCAGAUAUUUUCCGGACUUUAAUAUCAUAUUUUUCCUUGUCACUCUCUAUCCUAUUUGCGGUUACGUUUAUUUCUGGACUGUUUGGGAGUAUGGCAACUUUUCUUGGAGGAGGCUUCGCUUACAUAGCAGAUCUGUGUCAUGAUGAGAAGCAGAAAACAACGCGAAUAGCUGUGGUCGACUUGAUUUUUGGAGUUGUAUCCGGAUUGGCAGGACUGUCUUCUGGCUACAUUUUAAGAGAAAUAGGCUUUACGUGGACAUUUGUGACAGCAUCUCUGCUUCAUGUUGUUAAUAUUAUCUAUAUUAUAUUUUUUCUGGAAGACACAGUAAGCAUAUCUGAAACCCAGCAACAGGCACAAGUAUCUUAUAAAGAACUUCUAAAAGAAACAUUUUCUGGAGUGUACAUGCUUUUUAAAACUGCCCCUUCUAAAAAGAGAAUUUUAAUAAUUGUGUUACUUUUUACAUUUAUGACUUACUUGUUUACUGUGUUUGGUGGGAGUUCACUUUUUACACUGUAUGAACUGGAUGAGCCACUCUGCUGGAAUGAAGUAUACAUUGGAUAUGGAGCAGCUGCAUUCACUUCUGUCUCUCUGACCAGUUUUUUAGGAGUUUACUUUUUUUCAAAAUGUCUCAAAGACAUUUAUAUUGUAUUUAUUGGGAUAUUUUCUUACAUUGGAGGAAUAAUCAUGGCUGCCUUUGCCAAAACGACCCUGCUCAUGUUUCUAGUAAGAGUGCCAUCUUUACUCUGCCUUAUGCCUGUUCCUGUUCUCCGAUCCAUGCUGUCAAAAGUGGUUCUCGCCAGCGAACAGGGUGCUGUGUUUGCUUGUAUUGCCUGUUUAGAAGUUGUGACCGGCACUAUUUCACUUUCAGUUUUUAAUGUUCUCUAUGCAGCUACCGUUGCAUGGUUUUCAGGCUUUAGCUUCCUCUUAUCAGCAGGCCUUUGUCUAAUUCCACUGAGUGCACUGUGCUGGCUUCUGUGCACAAGCUGGAAUGGGGAGGACUUGGCUCUGCUUGUACCUGACGAAGUAUCCAGCAUAGACAGUGUUGAUAGUUGAACAAAGGAUUCAGCUACCUGACUUAUCUGACAUGCAGUGGCAGAGACCACAUGUCAUAUCGAGACCGCAGAGAUAACACAAAAGUUGCAGAUGAAAUCUACAACUAGCACUGAAUUGGUAGCACUCUAUAUCCAGUCUCUUUUUUUAGCACUUGAAUAAAGCAAUCUCCUGUACCUAACUAUGCAAGUAGGCUGGCAAUGGAGAUUUUCAUGCUGCUUUCAGCAUGGAGAAAAAGUAAGGUAGGAUGACACUCUUCUGCCACUUACCCUUUCUCACGUUUGAAAACGUCAGCUGGGGAUUGUGAUACAUCUUGUGUCAUUCUAAGUGGGGUGACAGAGAUAAGUUUAUCAGCCCCUGAGCCAGAGGGUGUUGGCAGUUCUCCUGAAGCUGCUGGAGCUCGUGCCAGCUGUGCGCGCAGUCCACUGUGUACAUCUGAAAAGGUCUGUCUUAACUGUGGAAGCCCACAAAACUGUUUAAAAUUACUAAACCUAAAGGUACUUUUUUUCAGAAGGCAAACAAACUGGAAGCGGUACUUGUACCUGCUGUAAGGGGACUUACUGCUCUGCAGUUAGCAAAGAAUGUUUGUGCAAGUUUAAUGUAUGAUGUGUGGACCUUGCCUGUGACUUAGUUCUUAAAAUGGAUUUUCACGCAGAACUGUCAUACUUAGAAAAUUUCCAGCUUGCGGAGUGUGAAGUUAGGCCUAUGCCUACAUUUUACAGAGGCCAUAUUGCACGUUUAUUUUUAGAUUAUAAAUUUCUCAUUGUUUUUAUAUAUUAGGGACUAUGUACAGACACCUCUAUUUUUUUGUCCCAUAGAUGUUUUCCAGCUAAGCUGGCUUUACUGAAGUUUCUUUUUUUUUUUUUCCUAGUGAAAGGGUGUAAUAGCAUUAUUUUCAGAAGAUCUUUGAUUAUUUUUUUUAAUAAUUUAAAAAAUCUGAACCACGUAUCUAAGCAUUUGCAAUGAAUGCAAUAAUUUAUUAGCAUUUGAAUAGUAUUUCUUAUCUCCCAGACACUUUAAAAAUGCUAUUGAGAACCUCCCUCCACAAUAGAUACUAUCCUCCCUGUUUCAGAGACAGAGGAAUCAACAGAGAGGACAAGUGACUUGCCCUGGGCCACAGUGCAGAUUGGUGAGAGUGCUAAACCUAGAAAUCAAUUUCUGUGUUGAUUCUUCAGCUUUUUGUUUGAGAUCUAUAUGUAGAAACUAGCCAGAGUGUUAGCUUCUGGAAUGCACAGCAGAAGUGUGAAUGUAAACACCAUGUUGAAGACCACUGCCAUGUAUUAUUUUAGGAGAGAGUUUUACAGCCAAUAUUGCCCUGAUCCCUGAAAGUACAGGGAGGUAGUAUGUGACUUUCUACUCCCAAAGGGGAUUAGGUAGAAAAAUCAAAAGAACAGCAAGUGGCUGAUAUUCACAGGUGGAAAGCUCUAGGAAAGCAACUGUGAUAUGGGAACUGACUUCGCUUGCACAUAGUGUGUAAUAAAAAUGAGGACAGCCCUAGCAUAUGCUGUAUUAUCAAAGAUCUACUUACAGUCAUUAAUACUUGUCACAUCAACAGAGUACUUCUCAGAGGUACUCCACCAACAAAUAUUAGCACCUCAUCAUGAUGAUGCUAUGAUACUAUUGCAGAUCCUUUCUGUUUGAACAAUAUUGUUUCCAUACUGUACAUCUUGAUCACUGAGAAGUUUGGAAGAGGGGUCAAAUAAGGUGAAGGAGAGUUUAUACUAUCCAGAAAAUCAUAGAAUGGCUCGGGUUGGAAAGGACCUUAAAGCCCACCCAGUUCCAGCCCCCUACAGGGACACCUCCCACCAGACCAGGUUGCCCAAAGCCCCAUCCAGCCUGGCCUUGAGCACCUCCAGGGAUGGGGCAUCCACAGCUUCUCUGGGCAGCCUGUGCCAGGGCCUCGCCACCCUCUGAAUACAGGGGACUGCUAUUAAACAUAGCCAGCCCUUAUGUUUCUGUUCUCAUGGACCAAGGCUGAUGUUGGCAAUUAAAGGUCGUUAGCUUUUUCUAGCUAGUUUAUAUACUAGCCAGUAAAUAAAACUGCUGAACUCUCCUCUUCUGAGGUGUGUGAGUUGCUGCCAAGUUGUUGAAAUGAGCUGAGUUUUAGAAUAGUCACUGGGUCCAAAACAUAGUAAGUAACUGUAAAGAGUUUAAGAAUAUGCUGAUGUAAGGGAUUUCAGCACAAAGACUACAUUGUCAUCCUUUCCUCUUCAUUAUGCAGUUUUGUAAGAAAGACUUCAUGAAAUUAACUAUUUUGCACAAAACUGCCUGGAAAAAGUAAAGCAUGUGAAAGGGUAUAUGCCUUCACUUCUUCAGUGCAGACCUCUGCCAGCACUCUACAGGUAGCAACAAAACAAGUCAGUUCCAUAGCAGCAUUCAGUUUGAGAACAAGAAGGUGCACGUGCACUUUAGAAGUGGCUUUGGUGAGGUUUGAUUUUGCUGUAUGAAGUAUUAGCUGUUUGCAGAGUAUUUCUGGCAGACAGAAUGUAGGACUGGCUGUGAGUUCAGAUCAAAGCACAUCGAUACAAAUCGUGUUUUUGAAGUGUAUGGUACAAGUUGAGGAAACUAGGUACUAAUGUACUUCAUAUUAUUAAAUCA